CCCCCCUCCCCUCUCUCAACCCCCGCAGCUUUGAGGAAAACUGAGGCAGACAACAUACGUUGCAAGUUCCCCAACAAGCUACCGAUCAUCGUGGAGCGGUAUCCCAAGGAACGUUCCCUGCCGCACCUGGACAGGUCCAAGUUCCUGGUUCCCCUGGAGCUGAGUAUGUGUCAGUUCACUAUCAUCAUCAGGAAUCGGAUGGUGCUGUCGUCGAGGCAGGCUUUCUACCUGAUGGUGAAAGACCGGAGCGUGGCGAGCUCCUCCCUCACCAUGGCGGACAUUUACUCCGAGUUCAAGGAGGAGGACGGCUUCCUUUACAUGACCUACGCCUCGCAGGAGAUGUUUGGCUGUGGGUCGGAGGGGGGCAGGACACCUCCUCCAUCUUGAGCGGUGCCCCCCUCUCUCUUUCUCUCUCUUCCUCUGUGUGGCAAUGGCCCUUAUUUUUAUACCCUGUACCCUGGGAGUUGGAGUAGAGUGCUCUCUCUCCGUGUGUCUCUCUCCCUGUGUCUCUCUCCCUGUCUCUCUCUGUCCCCUCGCCCCUGUCCACUGAUCUACUACCUAACGGUCUAUUAAAUGUGUACUUGAACUUCUGAUUGUUUUGGCUUGUGGAUUAACACUUUAGGUGUGUGAGUGUGUGGGGCUUGGUUCUCUAUGGGGGGGGGUGGGGGUGUUCGAGCAGGUAUAUUCGGCUCCUUCCCCCACCCCUUCUCUCCCCUCAGUCCUGUGUUCCCUGCAGUAGAUGGGAGGAUGAG